AUGACAUCAGAGGAGCCUGUCGCUAAUCGUGGCUACACUUUCCACCUGGCAGCGUUGCUAGUGCUGCUGGCGGCACCAUUGAGCAGUGCCGGCGCAGCAGCAGGCUGCGACUGUGACAACAUCACCCUGCGGGGCCCGCCGGUGUGCGCCGGCGGCAUCACGUUUGCCAACCGCUGCGUCGCCUCGUGCCAGGGCAUCGCCGGCGCAACGCAGGGCGCUUGCAGGGCGCCCGCGGCGGCGAAUGUGGAAGCAGAAGCAGCAGCGGCGGCGGCGGCAGCGGCAGCGGGAGGGUCGGAUGUGAGCGGCAGCGGCCAGGCGGAUUUUGAUACCGCUGCCACAGUGGGGCGAGCCGUGCUGGAGCGGCACAGCGGCGAGGGCUUUGUGUUCAGCGGCAAGCUGAGGGUGCGCAAGCAGGGCAAGGUGGCGACCCCCAAGGUUCACACCCUGCAGGCUGUCAGGGCCGCGGCAAGGACCGGCACAGCUUUUGCCGCACGCUUCACCUCCGCCGGAGAGCUCUACUUUCGCGUUGCAGACCCGCAGGCCAGCGCCGCCGCCGCCGCCUCGGCCGCCACCGCCGGCGCGGCAGCCGGCGGCGGCCACGGCUCGGCUGCCCGGCCGGCGCAUACCCCCGCUCAGCCGGCACGUGGCGUCGGCGGCAGGAGGAUGCAUGUGGUGGGGUGGGACAACCGGGUGGCGGUCAGCGACCUGGCGCUGCCCUACUCUCCCAUCGGCGUGGUGGACACCGGCUGCACCGGCACGCUGAUUGGGCCCAGGAGCGUGCUGACGGCAGGCCACUGCGUGUACGACACCGGCGCCCGCCGCUUCUACGGCAACCUGGGCUUCUGGGCGCAGCGGUACGCCGGCAAAAGGGCGCGGUACUACGACUGGGAGUACGUCACCACUCACUUCUCCUCAGCCGCCCCCUGGACCAAGUGCGGUGACGGCAACGGGCAGUGCCAGACGGCCCAGGACAGGGUGCACGACUUUGCGGUGGUGCGGCUCAGGGAGCGGGCCGGCGACGUGCACGGCUGGCUGGGGUUCACGUACCGCUGCCAGAACUCAAGCUACCGCGUGGCCACCGCCGGGUACCCGCUGGACCGCGACCCGCGCCAGGUGCGCCUGUACCGCGCCGCCGGCAAGCUGGCGCCCUUCCCCGGCUGCGCGCCCACGCCCUGGGACGUCCCCUCGGGCUUCAUCUCCUCCAACCUGGAUGUGGCGGUGGGGCAGUCGGGGUCGCCCAUCUGGGACCCCAGCCUCUUCAUCAGAGCCAUACACGUGUCCUACCUGCCCAACGGCCGCCCGGGGCACCGCACCAUCAACCGAGAGGUGUACGACAUCCUGCUGCCGCUGGCGGUGUGA